AUUCGAUGACUUUUCAUCGCUCCCUCCAUUACCAGGUGGUGAAAUGCCAAGAAUGAGUAGGUAUUUGUCCCGGACAGGCAGCGAUUGAACCAUAAGGCAUCCAGCUAUCAUGGCAUGAAGAGCAUAUGGUGGCAUUCGAAUCAGCGUCUUGUUGUGGUCGAUGGGGGUCUCGACAAGUUCUCGGCGAUGAUUCCAUCGGGGCCUGCAGCGGGUGAGACAAUCCCAACCUUAUACCGUUGCAACCGGCCCAGCUCGGGCUCUACACAGCACGGGCUGUCACUCGGAAUGCAACCAUCUGCCCGGUCUUCCCUAGUCUUCACGCGAUCAUGGAUCGAAAACUUGCUUUGCCAAGUCUGGCCUCCACGGGGGCUCCGGUCAAUGUAUGACGUCAGCACAUCCGGGCUGCUCUGUUCGGACGAUGUCUCUGGCAAGCAUGACAGCCCUGAGCAAACGACUGCGUUCGGAGGGAUUCUUCUGAGUACAGAGUUCAGAUAAUAGCCAUUUCAGCCGGUGCGGGUAUUGCUGGUCUCAGCUGCUCGGUGCGUUGCGAUAGCGGCGCGAGCAAGUAGCCAGGCCGG